GAAAAUUAAACAUUAGGUGGGACAUGUUCACACACUCACACAGGGCAGGUUAGUGUUGUGAUGCAUUGGGGAUCCCUGCGCACCUAUUGUGUGGCUUAGCGUUAUUUACUACGCGGGCUCCUCGUGCUUUUCAGGUUCACACUCUCUCUUUCACGCACAGCCUUUUGUGAGCGCGUCCGGAUUUAAGGGGCGACAUUUUCGGAUGUGCCUGCCACUGAUACUAGGAAACAGAUAGUAGGCCGAAUGUUUGAAAGCUCUCAUUCUCUGGGACACACACACACACACACAGAGCGAGACACACACACACACUGAAGAAUUUUGCUCUGGGGUCACAUAUUAUGUUCUGUGCUGGAGCGGACAAUAAGACAAGGGCCAUUCCUCAGUGUCAGUGUUAAUGUACUGCCGAGUAACCAUCACCACCCCCUCCCUCUAUCUCUCUCUCCUUUAUAACCCCUGUCCCAUCUCUCCAUUCACACUCCCCCAUCACCACCAGACUGGAUUGCAUGAUUGAAAGAAGGCUACUGGAGUAACAGAGGGAAAAAUCUGAGAAACUUGAUGUAAUCGGUUCUUUUUGACUGAUGAUUUUCUUUCAGUUUUACCUUCUUUGAAAUUGAUACUUUUUGUACUUUUACUUUACUUUUACUUGUACUUUUGUUCUGGCAAGCCAUUUCUGCUUGCUUUGAGUUUGUCUAUGGAGAUCUACCUGAUCAUCGAUAGAUUUUAAGAUGACCCUGAUGACUAUGAAAAAAGUUUUGGUGGUUAUGGUAUAAACCACUUUUAUUAAAAGGAACUAUUUUUCUUUAGUGAAUGAUUUAAAAAUUGAAAUGCAUGAAAAUAUAUAAUACUUCAAUUAUAUAAAAUGAUAUUUUCCAAUUGCAUCAUUUCCAAAUUACAAGCAAGGACAUUUUUAUCCUGUCAACAGAAGUGGAAAGAACUUCUUAAUUUUUCAAUAAGUUAUAGUGAUAUUGUUCUGAGGUGUGACUAAACAGGAUCGAAAGCUCUUCAGUCACAAACACUUCUAAGGAGCCUAACGCCUGGAGAAUUUUGCACCUAAAACAGAUAUGAGGGGAUUAUCCCCAGACUCGAGACACACCAGAUAAGGCAGACAGAUCUCGGGAGGGACACAGAGACCAACCUCACAGACAGACAGACAGACAGUCAGUCUCAUGCCAACUGUCUCCACUGUGAAUCUCACAGGACCACUCCUCCUGCUGUUGCUAUGGGCAACUCACCACGCCAUGGCAACCAACUGGUUGUCUCUGGCCAGGUUGCCCCGCUCUCGGCCGGUCUCCGGCUCGGGCCCUUGCGGCCGCUUGCGGGGCUUGUCGGCAGGGCAGGUGGGGGUGUGUCGUGCCCGGGGGGAGGUCAUGGAGUCCGUGCGCAGGGCAGCUGAGAUGGUGAUUGAGGAGUGUCAGCACCAGUUCCGGAACCGCCGCUGGAACUGUUCCACUACCCCGCGUGGGGUAAACAUCUUCGGCCGGGUGAUGAAUCAAGGCACCCGUGAGGCUGCCUUUGUCCACGCCCUGGCCUCAGCUGCGCUGGCAGUUGCAGUGACACGUGGUUGCAGCCGGGGGGAGCUGGAGAGGUGCGGCUGUGACCGCAAAGUCCGGGGGGUGAGCCCAGAGGGGUUCCAGUGGUCUGGAUGCUCGGAUAACCUGUCAUACGGUGUGGCAUUCUCCCAAACGUUUGUGGAUGAGCCGGAGCGGGCCAAAGGCCUGUCGUCAGGACGACCGCUCAUGAAUAUCCAUAACAACGAGGCGGGCAGGAAGGCCAUUCUGCACAACAUGCAGGUGGAGUGCAAGUGCCACGGAGUGUCGGGCUCCUGUGAGCUCAGAACAUGCUGGAAGGUCAUGCCUCCAUUCCGCCGCGUGGGAGCGGUGUUGAAGGAGCGCUUCGACGGCGCCACUGAGGUGCGAUUGUCACGUGUGGGCUCCAGAACAGUGCUGCUUCCCAAGGACCCCCAGGUGAAACCACCUGCAGCCCGGGACCUUGUCUACCUGGCUUCCUCACCUGACUUCUGUCGCCUGGACCCCGACAAUGGCAUCCCAGGAACUGCUGGCCGCCGCUGCAAUGGCACAUCCCGGCUGGCGCCUGACGGCUGCGAGCUGCUGUGCUGUGGCCCCGGGUACCGUUCUGGUCGGGCCGAGGUGGUGCAGCGCUGCUCCUGCAAGUUCUCCUGGUGCUGCUCAGUGCGCUGCCAGCAGUGCAAGAACACAGUGCUCAUCCACACCUGCAAUAAGUAG